AGGAGCCAACUCUGCAGAGGAGCUUCUUCCGGCCCAGUAUGGGUCCUGCUACCCCACCAUGAGACAGAGCUCCUGUGUUGGUGCUAGUGUACCUCUCUCCCUCUGCUGGCCACUGCACAGCUCUGACUCACUCAGCUCCAGUAGUAACAAGAGCACAAGCGGCAAGAUGUCAUCCUCUUCCUCCACCUCCUUUUCUAACCACGAUGAACAAGGGAAGCCUAAACCUAAAUCCCCCUUUCGCAAGAGGGGGAGCCUGCAGAGCACCACCAGCCCUGACCUGUGUAGUGCUUCUGGUCCUAAGCCCCUCAAGCCCCAGAGAUCUCUUCCAGGGACGCCUGUUUCUCUCUCACACUACACAAUAGACCUGCGAACAUCCAUGGAAGAAAAAUACAAAGAGAUUGCUGAGGAGCUGUUCACACGCAGCAUGGCAGAGAGCGAGAUGCGAAGCGCUCCUUAUGAGUUCCCAGAGGACAGCCCCAUUGAACAGCUGGAAGAGCGGCGGCAUCGUCUAGAGAGGCAAAUCAGCCAGGAUAUUAAGCUUGAGCCAGAGAUCUUGCUCCGUGCCAAACAAGACUUCAUGAAAAUCGACAGUGCUGCCGACCUAGAGUUAUUGAACGAGACAAGUGUGGACUCUGUUGAGGAUGGCUUCAGGGAGAGGAAAAUGCCAAUGGAGAAAGAGUACCAGCGGGUCUCAAUAUCUGGAGAGGAAAAGUGCGGGGUGCCCUUCACUGACCUGGUAGAUGCUGCAAAGUGUGUGGUGAAAGCGUUAUUCAUCCGGGAGAAGUACAUAAAGCGAUCCAUGCAGUCCUUUUGUAAGACCACAGCUAACACCCUGCAGGACCUUGGGAUGAAGCCUCUGGAUCUGGCAGACUAUGACGACAUAGCAGAGACCCCUGUAGAUGCUGAUGCCCCCGUCCACCCACCUGUCUCAAAGACACACCCCUAUGACAAGGACCCCAAAAAUAUGCCUGCUGACACAGGAUAUGGUUGCAAGAUGGUGGAUGGAGUAGUCCAUGUCUACACUAAGAAAACCAACAUGGACAAAAUCACAGAACUGGACCUGCCCUAUCCUGACCUGACGGAGUAUAUUGGAGACAUGAAUGUUAUGAUGGCCCUCAUUAUCAAUGGCCCAGUGAAGUCUUUCUGCUACCGCCGCCUGCAGUACCUGAGCUCUAAAUUCCAGAUGCACAUCUUACUGAAUGAGAUGAAAGAGCUGGCAGCUCAGAAGAAAGUUCCACACAGAGACUUCUACAACAUACGAAAGGUGGACACACACAUACAUGCAUCAUCUUGCAUGAACCAGAAGCACCUGCUGCGAUUCAUAAAGAGAGCCAUGAAGAAAUACCCAGAGGAGAUCGUUCACAUUGAGCGUGGCGUUGGUCAGACCCUCAAGCAGGUUUUUGAGAGUAUGAACCUGACGGCCUUUGACCUGAGUGUUGACACUCUGGACAUGCAUGCGGACCGCAACACGUUCCAUCGGUUUGACAAGUUCAAUGCCAAAUACAACCCCAUUGGAGAAUCCAUCCUCAGGGAGAUCUUCAUCAAGACUGACAACCACAUUGAAGGAAAAUACUUUGCACACAUAGUCAAGGAGGUGAUGUUUGACUUGGAGGAGAGUAAGUACCAGAACUCUGAGCUACGCCUGUCCAUCUACGGUCGCUGCCGGGACGAAUGGGACAAGCUGGCUCAGUGGGCCCUGAGACAUCGAGUGUACUCUGAUAAUGUGCGCUGGCUUAUCCAGGUGCCCCGUCUUUUUGACGUGUACCACACAAAGAAGCAGCUGGCUAAUUUCCAGGAGAUGUUGGAGAAUAUCUUCAUGCCUCUGUUUGAAGUCACGAUCAACCCGCGCAGUCAUCCUGAGCUGCAUCUCUUCUUGGAGCACGUGGUUGGCUUCGACAGUGUGGACGAUGAGUCUAAACCUGAGCACCACAUUUUUAAUCUUGACAGUCCGCUGCCAGCCAACUGGACAGAAGAAAACAACCCACCCUACUCCUACUACCUCUACUACACCUAUGCCAACAUGACUGUGCUCAACCACCUGCGAAGACGGAGAGGCUUUCACACGUUUGUGCUACGACCUCACUGUGGGGAGGCGGGGCCAAUGCACCACCUGGUGUCAGGUUUCAUGUUAUCAGAAAACAUCUCCCACGGACUGCUGCUUCGAAAGGCCCCAGUGCUGCAGUAUCUUUACUACUUGGCUCAAAUUGGCAUCGCUAUGUCACCACUGAGUAACAACAGCCUGUUCCUUAGUUACCAUCGCAACCCACUGCCGGAGUACCUGUCCAGAGGCCUUAUUGUCUCUCUGUCCACUGAUGAUCCUCUUCAGUUCCACUUCACCAAGGAGCCUCUGAUGGAGGAGUACAGCAUUGCUGCUCAGGUGUGGAAACUAAGUUCCUGUGACAUGUGUGAACUGGCCAGAAACAGUGUCCUCAUGAGUGGGUUUUCACACAAGGCCAAAAGCUACUGGUUGGGCCCCAGUUAUUUUAAGGAAGGUCCUGAGAGCAACGACCUUCGUCGUACCAACGUCCCUGAUAUCCGUGUGGCGUACCGCAGCGAGACACUCACCGAGGAGCUUCAGCUCAUCAUUCAGGCUGUGCGCACUGAAGAGCUCGACACUAUCAAUGAGGAAGUCCUGUCCAUGGGCCCUCUUCUGGGACAACCCUGAAGUCGCAAUAACCAGGACUUGUCCUGUAAACCCCCAACCCUGUGGUCCACCCAGCAUGACACUGAAGAGACGUGGUGUGAGGGUAAUUGUGUUGCAUUCUACAUAAAGUUAAAAAAAAAUAACCAUCACUAUAGCCACAGCUACUAAAAAGCCAAGGAUACAGUGCUGCCAGAGCACUUCAGCGUCAACAUUCAUGUGUUGGUUAUUUUUAGGUUGCAGGAAAAGAUUUUAAUCCCAUAUUGUUAACGUUCCAAAUUCAUUCAUAGUCAGUGUUUUCUUCAGCCCGUUUUUAUAACCUCUGUUUCUGUUGUUCUUUGUGGUGGCGUGUACUAGGGGUGGGAAUCACCAAGGCCUCAUGAUAAAAUAUCAUCACGAUACUUAUGUCACCAUACAAUGUAAUUGCAAUUUCUUUUUUUUUUAUUAUAUAUUGCAAUAUUCUGCGAUAUAUUGUAAUUUUAUUAUUUUAAUUAUUCCCAAUUUCAAAUGACGUCUCCAAAACUUUUUCAGCUUCUG